AUGGCGUAUCAAUCAAGAAGAGCACAACGUAUUGCCGAUUAUUUUGUUAUGGUAGGAUUGCAAAAUACAGACAGCCCGAUGCAAGAACGUGAAUGUAAUGAGACUUUAGGCAAUACCGUUGUCCCCAGGCCUACUGAACCCAUCACCGAUAUUACUGUUAUUUGUAGAAGUGUUGGAGAAGAUGUACCUCCAGGUUAUACCUGCGUAGAAAAUACUUUAAGUGGGUAUGCUGCUGAUCUCAAUUAUGGUAGCUUCCGCGGCUUUUCUUAUUACCUUUGCUUCCGUCGUGGCACCGAUGAACCUCCUAUAACCGAUAUUAGUGUUUACUAUGGUGGUAAAGAGAAACUACCUAGUGGCUAUCAAAUAGUUAAGACGACGGCAUAUGGGAGAUCAGCAGAUUUGAAUUAUAAGUCUAAGCCGUCCACAUUCUUGGCAUUUCGCCGUGCCGCUUCAGCUGGUGGACAUAAUCAGUUAGCAAUUACAAGUAUUGGUGUUGUACUCAGCAGCAAGGGAGAAAGUCCACCGCAUACAUUCCAUAUAGUAAAAAGAUGUCUUAACAAAAGCAUUAUUGGAUCUGAAGUUCAUCUUUGCUACAAUAAAGCCAUAGUACAAGCUCGUUCAAUUCGCUACAAAGCAGACGUACUAAGUCGAUACCCUUUAAAGGAUCAUAGCUGGUUUGCUCUGCCAGAUAGUGUUGUUUUAUUUUGUCUGCCUAUGGGAGCUGUUGUUGAGUAUUGGUCAGACCAUGCCGUUCAUCCAUUACCGAUGUUUUCAACGUUUGCUCUAACUCAGGAAUCGGGUGAUAAGGUAUAUGGUGCUGCUGUAACAUUUUAUGAACAAUUACCGUCUGAUAUGUGGACACCAUAUAUGGAACGAGUUUUUAAGAAAUCCGAUCCUAAGCAAGCCUAUGCGACUAAGUGUAUUUGUCUUCUAUCUCAUUGGCCUUUUUUUGAUACUUUUCGGUGGUUUUUACGUAAUCUUUAUAGAAUAUCUGUAUCUGCACAAACUGAGAUUCCAAUCGAAAGGUAUGUAACCCAUUUUAUGGAUGCUGUACCAUUUCCACCACCCGAUCGACCACAGAUAUUGUUGCAGAUGGGUCAUGAAAAGCAUUAUUUGCAAAGGCCUGUCGAUUCUCCUUUACCAUUAAGUGGUGCUUCCUUUAUUAAUUUCUUACGCUGCCUGGGACCUGAAAAUAGUUUAACAUUGCUAUGUUUAGCUUUGACGGAGCAAAAGAUUCUUUUACACUGUCGCCGACCGGCAUUAUUGACAAGCGUAGCUGAAGCGCUCACUUCAAUUAUAUUCCCAUUCGAAUGGCAGUGUCCUUAUAUUCCUCUGUGUCCGGUCAAAUUAGCUGAUGUUCUUAAUGCACCAUGUCCAUUUAUUGUCGGCAUUGAUUCUAAGUAUUUUGAUCUUUACCGACCACCUCUUGAAUUAACAUGUGUCGAUUUAGAUACAAAUACGAUAUCAUAUGGGGCAGAGAAAAGGGCUAUCACUUGGAAAAUAUUACCAAAGAAAUACGCAGACGUGGUCCUUAAACAGCUUAGAAGGAUUCAUCAGCAGUUACUGCAGUCAUUAGAGAAUCAAGGCAACUUAGAUAGUUUAAGUUAUGCCGUUGAUAUUGCGCCUUUAGAAUACGAUGUGACGAUCAAGCGAAAAUUGAGAUCGAUUAGCUCAAAUAUACAGCAUAUAUUUUUAGCGAUACAAGCGAUAUUAUUGCGUGGCUACAAGCGAUUUUUGCUACCCAUAACGAAAUCGCCAUCUUCAGAUGUAUACGAUGCUAGAUCAUUGUUUGAUUUUGAAGGUUUUCUGAAAAGUAGAUCUAGUGGAGCAAAGAAAUUUUUUUCUCAAUUAGUCAAAACUCAGUUAUUUACGCGAUUCAUAGAGCAGAGAUCAUUUGUGUCCCCUGUCGAUGUCCAAUUUGCAUUUUUUGAUGACUAUAUCAACAAGGUUGAGAAUGGUAUUUCCCUUACGGAGUUAGACGACCAUAAGCAAAAAAACUACACAACCUUAGUCAUUCCAUCGCCAGAUACGGAAGGACUUCCAGAAAAUAAAAAAUACGAGUACUCAUCAUUUCCUGCACUAGAUGAGUCGCUCCUGGUUCUGCCUACGAAAUGUCAAGACUAUCAGUUAGAUUUGAUGUACUCGCCGCAAAUACGAGGAAAUUUAUUACGUUCACAAGCAGAAAGGGAAGAAGCUGCUGAGAUCGCCAGAAAACAGUCGAAAAGUCCGCUACUUUGGGCAAAAUACUUAUUAAGAAGUUGCUAUACUAUUUGGUUCAUGUAUCUUCCUGCUUACGUGAAGGUUCAAUCAUCGCCCAAUCGUGCGCUCAAAAAAGGAUUUCAGGUCUUAUUACAAAUGCAAACAUCAAAAUUACACAUGCAAGACGAAUUUUGCUACAGAUCAAUGAUGCACCUGUGUGCGGUUUACAAGCUGCCAAUUUUAGCCAUACGAGUUUUAUUAAUUAUGCGAGCUGUCGGCAUUCACCCUAAUGCAGUUACCUAUGGUUAUUACAACAAGGCGGUAAGUGAAAAUCCGUGGCCGGAAAAAACAGGCCCAAAGUUGUGGUCUCUUCUCCGAAAUGUAGUUACUGCUAUUGCAAUUUUUCGUAGUUUCUUAAAA